AUGUCUACGCCUGUGCAAAUAUACGUCUAUGAUCUCAGCAACGGCCUUGCCAAGCAGUUGUCUCUCCCAUUGACCGGCAAACAGAUCGACGGCGUCUGGCACACGUCCGUGGUUGUCUUCGGCAGAGAGAUAUUCUAUGGUCAAGGCAUCUUGGAAACUCGUCCAGGUCAAUCUCAUCACGGGAAACCGCUUCAUGCAAUUGAUAUCGGAGAGACGGCAAUAGAUGAAGAGACCUUCAACGAGUACCUACUCGAGAUAAGCAAACAUUUCACGGCCGACAAGUAUCAUCUGCUAGACUUCAACUGCAACUCAUUUACCAACGACGUGAUAGGUUUCCUCACAGGGGGUUCAAUACCCUCCUGGAUCAAGGAUCUACCAUCCGAUUUCCUGUCUACGCCAUUUGGCGCUGCAUUGCGACCCACAAUCGACAACAUGUUCCGCCGUCCUGUUCCUGGCGCUGCGCCGACUCCGGCAACACUACAGCCCUCACCUGCAGCGGCACAAGCCGCAGCCAAUGCAUCACCAAACCCCGCGCUUGCUGCAUCCCUUCUCCAAGCAGUGGCAAACCAGGCGUUCUCUCCUUCCGCCGUGAAUGGUACCGGCGCACCCACGACUGUACCAACUCCUCAGGCUCAACCUUCGGCAUCAACAAGCACAGUCUCCGCUCCUGUCCACAUCUGUACAAACCCGUCUUCGUUCCAUUCUUUGCUCCGUUCGCAUCGUGCCGUCGUCGUGAUGUUCACAAGUGCGACCUGUGGACCAUGCCGUAUGAUCGAACCCGUCUUCGAAGACCUCGCGUGGGCCAAGACGCGUGGGUUAGGCAAGGACCGGGUUGCCUUCGUUAAGGUCGAUAUGGGCGUAGGUAUGGGCAGUCAAGUCGCCUCAGAAUUUGGUGUCAGGGUCACACCCACGUUCAUGUUCUUCCUGGAUAGUCAAAAGACAUACGACUUCAAGGGAGCGGAUUCAGCUGAACUUCGCAGUCAAGUGGAUCUCUUGCUAUUUCAAGCCUUCCCCCCCCACCCCCACACGAAACUUACUCUGCCAACAAUCGAAGCGCUCUCUACCAGACCCAUCCUAUUCACACAGGUCCCUGCGCUCGACUCCGUUGUCUCCAAGCUGGGUUCCUUCGUCGACAAUUCGUCGCCGUCACCAGAGACGACUGCAGCCAAGGAAAAACUCCGCCAGUCUUUCCCUGUGUACCUCAAGGCGCGUUUCCCUACUGCUCAAGGCGCCCAGCCUCCAAAGAACCUCUCCGCAAAUGCGCAACUGAUCACGUCCUGGGCGGAGGCCACACGAACCAUCGCCAGCGCUCUCUCAGCCGCACAAAUCUUCCCGUUGGUGGACCUGUGGCGGUUAGCCCUCCUCGACGAAGCCAUCGCGGCCUGGUGUGCCUCAGCUCCUUCGCAGACCAAUCCUGUGCACGUAUUCCUGGGCAAGGCCAUCGAGGCACUGAACGCCGCAGACACUAGCGCGCGGAACACCGUCCUCGUCACUCUGCGCAUGCUCGCGAACGCGACGGCGAACGCGGCCCUCGUGAAGAGCCUCCUGUCUACGGCGGGUCAGCGGGCGGACACGACGAAGGCGCUCGUCGCGAGCCUGCUGCAUACGGAUGCCACCGUGCGCACCGCGGCUGCAAGCUUGGCGUUUGACGUCGCGGCGUAUCUGCAGAAGGGCCGGGUGGACGGGCUGCGCGGGGAUAGCCCUGCGGCGGGUGCGGAUAUCGAAGAGGACGGGGAGUGGGAGGUGGAGCUGGUCAGUGCUGUGCUCGAGGCGCUCUCGACGGAGACGCAGAGCGAGGAAGUCGUUCACCGUCUGACAGCGGCUCUGGCAUUCUUGCUUCGCCUAUCGCCUGCGUAUGAUAGCCAGUUUGUGCCGUUCCUGGAGGUGCUCCAGGCGCGCGAGACCCUGAAGGGUAAGCUGGAGAAGGGAGGGAGCGGGGAGCAUGGCGUGCAGAAGCCAGAGGUGAGGAAGCUUGUACAGGAGGUCGCAGAGAAGUUGUGCCCGUGA